UUGUCAAGGCCACGUCAAGACUGAGCCUAAUCUAAAUAAAUAGUCUAUGUUGUGUUGUGAACAUUGCAAAUCUUUUUAGUUGUGUAUAUUUAAUUAUUUAUCUAUAAUAACGUGGACGAAUAUAUGGACGUGACGCGAGCGUGUCGCUGCUGCCUGCGGCGUCCUCCGGACAAGGACCUGACGACGCCGUACACACUUCUCGGGAAAACAGAGAUAUAUGCCAACAUGAUGAAGGAGUGCUUUGAUGUACAACUGGCAAUGGAUGGCUCGGGCUCGUGCGGCAUCUGCUCUGCGUGCGUGGGCCGCCUGCGAGACGCGAGCGACUUCAAGCUGCAAGUGCAGCGCAGCCAGGCGGAGCUGCAGGCGCUGCUUGAUAAAGAGUCUGCGGUCAAAUUGGAGCAGGCUGAUGAAUGUGCGGACGAUAACUCUGAGUUUGUUGAUGUGUUAUGUGAAGACACACAGGUAAAGCAGGAGGAAAUUUGCCGAGACAAGGAAGAACUCACGGAUGAAGACCCCCUCGUAAAUUUGGACAAUGAUGAUGCGGCGAGCGGCGGCUCGCCAGCGGCGGCGUGUUCAGACGGCGGCGCCGCCCGCGGCAGGGAGCAACUCUCGAUGGCUUGUUCCGUGGUGCUCGAGCGCCUCCGCGGCGACGCGACUGCUCACACUGGAGGCAAACCAUGCGCCUGCGAACACUGUGGCAAACGCUUCAGAAACAAGUAUCUUGUAAGAAAACACAUUCAACACACGCACGCCUCGAUCGAGAAAAAAAUAUUUACUUGUGACGUUUGUAGUGCAACUUUUGAAACUGAAUUGUUAGUAUUAGAGCACGAGAACAGCGAACAUGGUUUUCCAUACUUCAUGUGUGCUGAAUGCGAGUACACAACGGUUUACAAGAAAAGUUUGGUAGCCCAUUUAAAAUCUCAUACUGGAGACAAACCUUAUAGUUGUACUCAAUGUAAUUACUCAAGUUUAUUUCAAACUAAUUUAAUCAGACAUCAAACGAGACACACGGGUGACAAACCUCACCACCGAACACCCCGAAAGAUAUCCACAGGAGGUACUUUUUAUCAAUGUAACUACUGUGAUCACAAAUACGAUAGAAAAGGUCGCCUUAACAAUCAUCUAAAAAAACACGCUGGCGACAAACCUUACAUAUGUAAGUUUUGUCAUGACAAAUUCAGUCAGAAAUCAAGUUUAGAAGAACACAUGUUGAUACAUAGUGGGUCUAAGCCAUUUAAAUGUAGCGAGUGCGACUACAGAUCCAAGAGGAAAGAAAACUUGCGACAACACCAGAGGAUACACACAGGGGAGAAACCGUACGAGUGUGCUCAAUGCAACUUUAAGUGCCUUUCUCGGUCUUCCUUAAGUAAUCACGAAUUGAUACAUGAAGAGAAGCGUUUUCAAUGUAGCCAGUGUAAUUUGAAAUUCAGUCAGAAAGCCAAUUUAAAGAGACAUCAGACGACACAUGGUGAUACGAAACCGUUUGAAUGUAGCGUUUGCGGGCACAGGUGCAAACGGAAGGAUGUCUUGAUUAAGCAUCAGAGGAGGCACUCAUUGCGAAAAUAUAAACGUUUAUAUGAAAAAAAUUGAAGCUCAUCACAAGUGUCCUGACUCGACGCUGCGUACAGUGGAGGUGGCGCACAAAUAAAAAUUACAAGCAACGAAAAUUGUUGGAAGUAUUAACUAUACAUAUACUACGACCGGUCUGGCGCAGUCGGUAGUGACCCUGCCUGCUACGCCGCGGUCCCGGGUUCGAAACCCGGGCCGGAAAGGGCAUUUAUUUGUGUGAUGAGCACAGAUAUUUGUUCCUGAGUC